GCUAGAGACCGUAGUUGGGAGGAUCCUGUCCGGAUUCUGUAAGUCUUAGAUUGAGUCAGUCAGUGUGUCAAUUAGGGGGAGUAGAGUCUUAAGUGGUGAGGAGUGGAAUCGUUGUUGGUUGUGCACCAAUCACCAUGGUUGAAGGGUACUGCCCCCGCCGAGGCCGAGCAGGCCCGGAUUGCCGCCAUCCUGAAGGAGAGGAAAGAGAAGAGAGAGCUCCUUAAGCAGGCAAAGUUAAAGGCCAUCGAGGAGGAGCAGGCGGUAAAGAAGAAGAGAUUGGAGGAGGAGAUGUUGCGGUUCCAGAAAGAGAAGAUGAUGAUGAUAGAGAGGGAGGAAGAAGAACCCCUUGAGAGGAGAAGUGGGGGAGACAAAGGUGAGACAAGUGGCACAACAGGGGAAGAUGCAUGGAUGGAGAAGAAGAUUAGAGAGUGGGUGGCUAACUUAUCGUUAGGGAAGGAUGAGGAGGCACAAAUAUACGUGCCGCAAGAGGAGAAGGAAGUGUUUGCCAGGGAAUUGGAGACGAUAGAAGACCCCUUGAAACGCCAAACAACAGAGGAUGAGAAGAAGAUGGAGUGGAAACUGAGAAUGAUGAGGGAGAAGAAGAGGAGGAGAGAGGAGGCUAAUAGGGCGGCGGAAGAAGUUGAGAAGAUUCAAGCCUGACUACGUGGAGUCCAGGCGUACUUUCGCCUAGAGAAGGAUGGGAAGGUGGAGAAAGUUCUCCAUUCCCUGACUCUCCUCGUACAGGAUGACCUUCCAUUUGACAUAGUCCUAGGCAUGGACUUGGGAGAGGCAGCAGGGGCCACACUCCAUUUGAGAGAGCAUGAGUGUAGGCUCCCUAGUCCGUCAGGCGAAGUUAAGACUGCUCGCCUGGUCCAUGUGUCAGGAGUAGACAACUCCUUGGCACAUUGCUGCCUCAGUGCUCUCGCGUUCGCGCUAGUGAAAAAGGAGCAAUUAGAAAACCAGGUCUUUGUAGUGUAUGUUAGACCUGUCAUUGAGCCUAAGGAAGGGGAUAGUUCCACAGAUCCAACCAUUGCCAAGCUGCUGGAAGAGUUUAACGAUCUCUCAGAGCCGCCGACAGGAGUAGUGCCGCGACCGAUCCAGCACAGGAUAGAGAUAGAGCCUGGCAGUAGAACUCCUAAGGGAGCAGUCUACAGGAUGUUCCCUAGAGAGUUAGAGGAGCUGCGCAAGCAGUUGGACGAGCUCCUUGAGAAAGGUUGGAGUAGGCCCAGUUCGUCUCCUUUUGGAGCACCUGUUUUGUUUAUCCGCAAGAAGGAAGGAGAGUUGCGCAUGUGCAUAGACUAUCGGGGUCUGAAUGCGAUUACUGUUAAGAAUGUUGAACCACUGCCCAGGAUAGACGAUCUCUUAGAUCGGGUGCAGGGUUGCAAGGAUCUUUCAAAGAUAGAUUUGAAGUCCGGUUAUCAUCAGAUAGAAGUCCAUCCUGAUGACCAGUACAAGACUGCGUUCCGGGCUAGGUACGGGCAUUAUGAGUUCAUAGUUAUGCCCUUUGGACUGACCAAUGCGCCAACUACGUUUCAGCGAUGUAUGAACGAUCUGUUUAGGCCUUGGUUAGAUAGGUUUGUCGUAGUUUAUUUAGACGACAUCCUAGUUUUCAGUAGGACCCUCCAAGAGCACCAAGGUCAUUUGAGGCAGGUCUUGGAGAAAUUGAGAGAGUCGAACUUCAAGAUCAAUGCGAAGAAGGGCGAGUGGGCCAAGACACAGGUUUUGUACUUGGGCCACGUGUUAGACGGAGAUGGCAUUAAGCCAGAGGAUAGUAAGAUCGCGACAAUUAGAGACUGGCCGACGCUCCGCACAUUGAUAGAGUUGCGGUCAUUCUUAGGCCUAGCUAACUACCACAGGAAGUUCGUGAGGAACUUCUCCAUUAUCACCGCUCCCUUGCGCAGGUUGCUUAAGAGAGAAGUAAUCUGGCAGUGGGAUAAAGACUGUACGUCUGCGCUAAAGAAAUUAAAGCGCGCAUUAAUAGAGUAUCCUGUCCUCAAAGUAGCAGAUCCGUCUUUGCCAUUUGUCGUCACCACGGACGCGAGUUAGUACGGUCUGUACGAGUUUGUGGUGAUGCCAUUUCGCCUGUGCAAUGCUCCUGGCACCUUUCAGCACACCAUGAAUCAGAUUUUUCAUGACUACUUAGACAAGUUUGUUAUCGUGUACCUCGAUGACAUACUUAUCUUUAGUAGGACUGUCGAGGAGCACGUGGCACAUCUAGAUAAAGUCCUUGGGCUCCUUCCUCAGCACAAGUUCAAGAUUAACGGUGACACGUGCGAAUUUGGCCGCACCCGUAUCUUGUACUUGGGUCAUGAGAUUUCUGCGGAAGGGUUGACGCCUGAUGACGCGAAGGUGGCCAGCAUUCGUGAUUGGCCGCGACCUCAGUCUGUGACUGAGAUGAGAUCUUUCUUAGGGAUGACAGCCUACUAUCGGACUUUCGUUAAGAACUAUAGCAUAGUGGCCGCCCCUUUGACUGAUCUGACCCGCCUUGACGCCCCAUGGGAGUGGACAGACAAGUGUGAGGCUGCUUUCAGACAUCUGAAGCAUGUGUUGACGCACUAUGAGGUCUUGAAACUUCCCGAUCCUGACAAGCCAUUUGUAGUUACCACGGAUGCCAACCAAUAUGGCAUUGGCGCCGUGCUUGCGCAGCACGAGGGGCCAAAGUUGAGGCCAGUCGAGUACAAGUCCAAGAAAAUGUCGUCUCAGAAGUUGGCAAAGUCCACCUAUGAGAAGGAAAUCUAUGUGGUGUACAAGGCUCAGACCCAUUGGAAGCACUAUCUCCUUGGGAGGUUCUUCAUCCUCAGAACUUAUCAUCAGACUCCGAGAUGGAUGAAAACUCAGCCGGUGCUUUCCGACGCUUUGAAGCGUUGGAUCAAAGUCAUUGAGCAGUAUGACUUUGACCCGCAGUAUCUGAAAGGGGAGUACAACAAGGUUGUUGAUGCCUUGUCGCGUAGACCUGAUUUCUCAGGUGCGCUGAUAACUGAGUUCGAUCUGACGAACGAUGUGACUCGCUCUUUGGUGGAAGCCUUUCGCGAGGACAAGUUUAUGUCUGAGAUCCUACGCAGACUAGAGGCGAAGGACAAAAAGACUUCUGUCGAGUUUUAGUUGGUCAACGGCUUGCUAUUCCUUGAGAACGAACGGAAUAAACGAUUGUGUGUUCCAAAUAGAGAGUCUUUGCAUAGUUUGUUUUUAGGUGAGUGACAUGAUGCCACCGGCCAUUUUGGGUACAAGAAGACCGCAGCGAAUAUAUUGCAGCGGUUCUGGUGGCCCACGAUGAUGCGAGAUGCCCAACUCUACGUGGAGACAUGUCAGGGAUGUCCGAUUCACUAGUGAGUUGUGGAAGGUCGCUGCUGCGGAGCAGGGAACCCACUUGCAGAUGACUUCUGGGAAUCAGCCUGAGGCCCAGGCCGACCAACUGAACCGCGUUGUACAACAUCUGUUGAGGCAUUACAUCAAGCCCAACCAGGUCCACUGGGAUGAGAAGCUUGCUCUCAUCACCAGCCUGUACAACAACGAUGUACACAGCGCUACCGGUGUGAGCCCAAACAACUUACUAUUGACUUUCAAGCCUAGGCUGACUUCCUUCUUCCCGAGAAUUAGUCAACUGCUGCACCGGGUACCUUAGAAUUAGCCUAUCGGUAUGAACAGAAGAUGCAGCAGGCGGUAGAACAAAUGCAGAAGGCACAG